GACAAAAUCACAUACAGUGAUUGACAAAAUAGAUUUGAAAUUUAAAACAGACUAUCUUUAUUCAAUUCGUUUCAAAAUUUGUUGUUCCCUUUCGUUAACAAUACACUACAAUCGGAACAUGAACAUAGAACGUAACUUUUAACAAAAACCAUUGCCGGUUGUAACAGUUUUUAACCAUAUUAUAAUAUUUAAAUUUUAACUUUAAAAAUAAAUAAUAUUAAUAUGAUAUAGAAUAUAGGAGAUAACAAAUAGUUUAAAACAAUUUUUAUCACUACAUCGACUUCCUUAGUAUUAGAACAUUCCAUUUCAAAAUCCGGCAACGCUGUUACAAAGGUUCGUCCUCCGUCCCGUCCUAAUCGUCCCAUUCCCAUUCCAAUUUUCUGUCUAAAAUUUGUCUGCCGGAACCACUACAAGUAUUACCAUUCCUAAAACAUGGACGACGAUUGGGAUGAUGGAGCAGACAGUACCCCCGUUACCACGAGCGUUGGAGUAGCAUCGGAGGGUGGAAAAAAGUUCACAGGUGGUAGAGGUUUCAAAGCUGCACAAGCUAAUGAAGAUGAUGGUUGGGGAAACAGUAAUUCAGGCGGUGGAGGAGGCUGGAACGAUAACUCGGGUGGUGGCUAUUCAAAUGGUGGCGAACGAAGAGGAGGUCGUGGCGGCCGGGGGAGCCGAGGAGGCGGUGACUAUGGGGGCGGUAGAGGAGGACGCGGAGGUGGAAGAAACUUUCGCGAAAGAAAUGGCGACAGUAAUGGUUUUGGAGGUGGUAACGAUAAUGGUUGGGGGGAUGAUGGAGAUUCCAAACCUAGUGGAGGAGGUGGUUGGGAAGAUAAGAAUUCCGGCGGCGGAGACGAUGGAGGCUGGGGCGGUAACGACGGAGAUUCUGAAGGAAGAGGUCGUGGAAGAGGUCGCGGUGGUCGAGGUGGAGGAGACAGAGGCCGCGGUAGAGGCGGUUUCAAUAGAGACGGUGACAAAGGGGGCUUUUCAAAUAGAGAUGGUGACGGCGGCGGUUUCGGCAAAAAUAAAGAGGAUGGCGGCGACGAUGAGCCGCCAAAACCAAGAGAAAUAUACGUUCCACCGGAACGUACCGCCGACGAAGAUCUGUUUACUAGCACCAUCACUUCCGGUAUCAAUUUUGUUAAACUGAAUGAAAUUGAAGUAAAUGUUAGUGGAGAAGAAGUACCGCCACCUAUGGACACAUUCGAAUCCUCAGGUAUGCGGCCUCACCUAAUAGAAAAUGUUAAAAAAUCCGGUUACACGAAACCGACUCCAAUUCAAAAGUAUGCCAUACCGAUCAUCAUGAACGGACGAGAUUUGAUGGGCUGCGCCCAAACAGGUUCUGGAAAGACUGCGGCCUUUCUUCUACCGAUCAUACACAGAAUGCUUUCAAGUCAAGAGCCUCCAGUGACAGAGGGAAAUUGUUCCCAACCCAAUGUCAUUAUUGUAUCUCCGACGAGAGAAUUGGCCAUACAAAUAUACGAGCAAGCCAAAAAAUUCGCUUACAACUCAAUCGUUAAGACAGUCGUAGCGUACGGAGGCACGUCCGUGAACCAUCAGAGAACCCACGUUUUGAGUGGUUGUCAUAUACUUGUAGCGACGCCAGGUAGAUUGAACGAUUUCGUAAAUAAGGGACACAUCUCCUUUGCGUCUUGUCAAUAUUUUGUGCUCGAUGAAGCGGAUAGGAUGUUGGAUAUGGGAUUUUUGCCUACUGUCGAACAGAUGUUGGGACAUUCAACUAUGCCUGCCACUGGCGAACGCCAGACGCUAAUGUUUUCAGCCACAUUUCCUGAAGAAAUUCAGCAUCUGGCCGGAAAAUUCCUAUUCAAUUACAUUUUCGUAGCGGUCGGUAUUGUAGGCAGUGCCUCCACCGACGUAGAGCAGACUGUUCAUCAAGUGAACAAGUUUGAAAAACGAGAGAAACUAAUCAAAAUGUUGCAAGAAGGCAAUAAUGAAAAGACUGUGGUAUUCGUGGAAACCAAGAAGAUUGCCGACUUUUUGGCGACGGUAUUGAGCGAAUAUGACAUUAAAACCACCAGUAUUCACGGCGAUCGUUUGCAAAGGGAACGCGAACAGGCGUUGUGGGAUUUCAAAAAGGGCAUUUGUAACAUAUUGGUUGCUACCGGCGUGGCGGCCAGAGGAUUGGACAUAGAGGGGAUCCAACAUGUAAUCAACUACGAUUUGCCAAAGAGUAUUGAUGAGUAUGUCCACAGAAUCGGUCGUACCGGAAGAGUGGGUAAUAGAGGCAAAGCUACCAGUUUCUUUGAUGCAGCCCACGAUUCCGGGUUAGCCUCGCCAUUGGGAGUGAUACUGAAACAAGCUGGGCAAGAAGUACCAUCUUGGUUAGGAAGCGUUGGUAGCGGCGGAGGUGGUGCUGAUCAAUUUGGUGGUCGCGAUGUUAGAGGGGGCGACUUUGGAAAAGCACAGAACUUUGCGACGCAGCCGGCAGAAGAAGCCGACGAGGAAUGGUAGUGAUACCCUAUGAAGUUUUUUUAUUAAUUGUUUUUUCUGAAGAUGCCGUUUUGUUAAAAGAAAAUCGUUGACUCUUUUCGUUUUAG